AGCAAAACGUCCUUCGGGGUAGUGGUCUGGAGUCUGGAGGGAACUCCUACGCGAAUUCAUGCAGCGUACAAUGCUACAGUACGUGAAUCCUGUACAGCAACGGAAGUCCACCCGUCUUUUCAGUUUUCAAGGGACCAAAAUGAUAAUUUACUUCUGAUUUCCUGUUGCUCGCUAGCAAACCCUUUUAGAAGCGCGUCUGAGCGAGGAAACGUCUGAUGAAUGGAGAUGGGAUCGAGACGACAUAUCCUGGACUAGGGAAAACAUGAAGGCUCAAACCAUCGAAUGAUUUCAAUCCAAACCAGGACCAAGCGAGAUCUUACUAGUGUUCGCAACGCAAUGACUGUUCCCGAAAGGUCACUCUGCUUUAAACGAUGUCAGGAUCUCAGAUGGCUCGCUCGAGGAGGCAGCAGCAGCAAACAAAAACACGAAGCAAGCAACCAAAACGCACGUUCACGCACGAUUGUUGCUACCCGACAACCCCACUACUUCAGCUGCGUUCGAGAUCGAUACUCUCUCUACCAAAGAAUCACGCCUUGACCAGCGCAUCCUUCAUCAAUCCUCAAAGCGUCCUUCAUUCAAUCCUCAAAGACCAACGAACGCCAAAGACACAACGAAAGAGACCAACUUGACGACCAAAGAAGCCAAGGCCAACAUCAUCAUGAACAACCCUCCUUCUUUUAGUGCUUCAGGUGCUUCUCAACAGCCUUUCUCCGCAACGAGCCUCAACUCCUUGCUCCAACUAUUGGGGGCUCAGCAGCCUCAGUCGCAGCCUAUGAAUGGCGGCGGAGGAGCGGUGGCAUCGAAUCAGCAGAGCCAACAGCCACCUCCACAGCAGCAACAACAGCCUCAGGCUGUAACUAACAACAACAACAGCAACAAUCAGGCCAGUCAUCCACCGACAAGCAACCAACAGGUCCUGCCUUCGCAGCAGCAGUAUCAGCCGCCAGCGGCGCCGCCGCAGCAAGAGCAACCAAUUCAAGCCCCACUCCAAAAUGGCGGCGGCAACAACCAGAAUCUCUUGGCUCUCUUGCAGUUGCUCAACCCCGGCGGGGCUCAGCAGCCUCAGGGACAGCCUCAAGUGCAGCAGCCCCAAGCAGGGCAGAGUGUUCAGCCUCAGGGACAGUACCCGGCUCAAGGACAGCCGCAGCAAGCUGUCCAUCAGCAGCAGCCACCCACCCAGCAGCCACAAAUGCAGCAGCAGCAGCAACAACAACAGCAUAACCAGUCAGUGGUCGGCCAGCAACAGUUCCAGCAGCAGCAGCAACCACAACAGCAGCAGCCUGUCCUUCAGCAGCAGUUCCAGCAACAGCAGCAGGCCCCCGCCCAGCAACCAGCGCAGCAAAACCAGCAAGCAGGAAGGGCCCAACCAGCAGGAGCUGUCUCGGAAGAUUUAAGCAGACAGAUUAUCCAACUCCUGAUGAACAAUAACAACCCUGGGUCAAUCCAACCGCAGCAACAGCCAUCUGCCCCAGUUGCGGCAGCCAUGCCUCAGCAACAACCGUUCCAGCCGAAUCGAUGCACGGGCACGUCAGUUGGAGGCAGCACGUUUUCCGCCAAUGCCUUUAGCCAGAUUCUGCCGCAGGUGCAACAAGCCCGGUCUGCGUCUGUUGGAAACACCAAUGUGGCUACCGCCAAUCAAACUCAUCAAGUGCAACAGGUCCAGAACAGCACUCUUGGAACUGGCAUGGUUCAUCAAGCUCAGCCUCCACCAGUUGGCAGUAGUAAUCUGGCAACCGCCAACCAGCUUCAGCAGCCAGUGCAACAUGUCCAGAACAUUGCUCCCGGGAACCAGGCCCCGCCACAGGUUCAACAAGCCCUUCCAACAGUUGGACAGCAAGCCCAGAACAGCGCAGGUGGGAGUAACAUGGCUCCUGCUCCUGGAAACCAGGCCCAGCAACAGGUCCACCAAGUUCAGCCAGCAGCAGUUGGCAGUUCUAGUAUGGCCUCGGGGAACCAGGCCCAGCAACAGCAACCUCCGCCUGCUGCAAACCAAGGAGCUACCCAGUUGCUUAUGGGGAUGUGCUCAUUGCUGAUAGCCGCGGCGCAACAGCAAGUGAACCAGCAACAAGCGCAACCGCCCCAGCAACCUCAGCAGCAAAUAAUACAGCAAAUGCAAGAGGUGCUAGGUCAAGUGGCAAAUGGUCAGAUCAACCCUCAGCAGCUAUUGGGGCAAAUUUUUGGUCUAGGCAACAUCAACGGUGCUAAUCGUCUCGUGUCUCACGAUGGAUCUUCUCCGAGAGCGGGGGAAGAAAAUAGCGGGGUAGAAGCUUCGUCCCAGGGAGGCAGUAGUGCAGGGGGCAACAUUGAGUCUCCUGGCAAUCACGACGUUAUGCUCGGACGCGGCAGUGGUACUUCGAACCAUAUCGGUAACAUUUCGUUUCGAAAUCUUGUCGAGAAGCACAAACCACGAUACGUCGCUGCUUCACGUGUGGACAAGCCCAAGGUUGCCGGCGAAGUUGUGGAAAUCUGGAGGAACAUGGAUCCACCUGGACGUUUCGUGGAACGGGUGGAGUCGUCGAACCCGGGCGACGUUAGUGUGUGGAAGGAUGUUGGAAAUCGUCGUGCCAGGCAAAAGACGUCGCAAUGCCUCAGAGAAAAAGAACGUCCGAAGAAGGAAGAGGAAGAAAAGGAAGAGGAAGAGCGGGGAAAGAAAAGGAAAAGGACAGAGGGUGUUUCGGAAGAUGAAGAGGAAGGGACAGUAGAAGAUGAAACAGAAGAAGAGUAAAUCAGGACAACAAGUGUAUGGAUUGUGUGUAGAUCAGUACCGCAUCUGGGAGGCACGGCUGCACUCGAUGGAUGGAUUUGCAUUUACUCGAUGAAUGGAUUUGUCUUUUGCAUAAUGGAUCAUACAUGUUGCAUUAUGGAUAUUCCCAUACGAUGAACCUGGCAUGGGUUGUGCGAGCAUGUGAAAGUGCAUACCAAGAAGCACCAUCAAUGGAUAGAGUUGCUUGCAUGUUACAUUGUAAAUUAAUGAGUAUGUAGUACAUAGUUUUGGGUACAGAGUUGCUUUUUUGCUUCAUCGAGCGUACUGGCAGCUUUAGUUGUGCUUUGUCGAUCGUAGCCAUCAACUUCGAUCAUAGACUUAAAAGGGAAGCAGUGGUGAUUGAAUUGAAUCGUCUAGCUAGCUCCCUCCAAAGGUGGGGAGUUGGGACGCAGUUCUUGCGCGGCUUCAAGAGGAAGCUCCCUUAGAGGGUUGCUCUUUUUCAGGCUUGGUGACUCCCCUGUCGAAGUAAGAGCUACUAGUGUGGCUGGGACAAAACCAACUUCUCUUUCAGCAAAAACACCUAGUGAGGGGAUCGAACCCUCGACCACACGAUUAAGAGUCGUGCGCUCUGCCAAACUGCAUCCACAAGUACCAAGUUGAUUCACUGUUAGCAACCUGUAUAACGCCAGUUGGGCGCGAUAAAGGGACUGAACUGAAGGUCUUACCUGAGC